ACAAAGCAGCACUAACUAAACAUCAUCACCAGCCCCAGCAACAAAGCCUCAUCUGCGGCCAGCAGCAUCUUCUCCCAAUCUCCUCAUCACCUUGCUGAUUUUUUGCCACCAUCCUGGCUUUUUAGCUUUGCUUUUUCGUUUCUCCUUCCUCUUCGUGAUUUUGAAUCCUUAGUGUCUAAGUAUCUAAGUAUUUUGAAUACUUAGUAUCUACGAUGACAAUCAGACAUCAAGGCCAACAGUACAGACCAAGGAUGGCAUUCCUCAAAAAGAUUGAAGUCUUGCUGAAAGAGAUGCAGAAUCCAGAAACGGGAGUCAAAAUGCAUGCACAGAGGCUGAUGAUCACCAGCAUUCCCCAUGCAAUGACAGGGAGCGACAUCUUACAGUGGAUCAUCCAACGGCUUCGGAUCCUCAGCGAAGAGGCCCAGAAUGUGGGGAAUUUCAUCGUCAAGUACGGAUACAUUUACCCUCUGCAGGACCCGAAGAAUCUCACUCUCAAACCGGACCACAGCCUCUACCGGUUUCAGACACCCUAUUUCUGGCCUACUCAGGAGUGGCCAGCUGAGGACACAGACUAUGCCAUCUAUCUGGCCAAGAGAAAUAUCAAGAAGAAAGGGAUUUUGGAAGAAUAUGAAAAGGAAAACUACAACUUAUUGAAUAAAAAAAUUAACCACAAAUGGGAUUUUGUCAUCAUGCAGGCCAAGGAGCAGUACAGGAUGGAAAAGGAAAGGAAAAAAGCAGAUAGGAAUUCCCUGGAUUGUCAAGAGAAAGCUUACUGGCUGGUUCACCGAUGUCCUCCGGGAGCAGACAACGUCCUUGACUAUGGCCUGGACAGGGUGACCAAUCCAAACGAAGUUAAGAAAAAAACCAUCAGCUUUCUUAGAAAAGAGAUUAUGUACUACAAGCAGGCCCUCAUGCGGACCACGGUGAAAUCUUCCGUCUCCCUUGGAGGAAUCGUGAAGUACAGUGAGCAGUUCGCUUCCAAUGAUCCACUCAUGUCUGGCUGCCUCCCCAGCAAUCCUUGGAUAACCGAUGACACCCAGUUCUGGGACCUGAACGCUAAACUGGUGGAAAUCCCCACCAGGAUGAGAGUGGAGCGAUGGGCGAUCAACUUUAGAGAGCUGAUCAGAGACCCGAAGGGCCGACAGAGCUUCCAGCUGUUCCUGAAGAAAGAAUUCAGUGGGGAAAAUCUGGGGUUCUGGGAGGCGUGUGAAGAUUUGAAGUACGGAGAUCAAUCCAAGGUCAAAGAGAAAGCGGAGGACAUUUACAAGCUGUUCCUGGCCCCGGGUGCAAGGCGCUGGAUUAACAUAGAUGGCAAAACCAUGGACGUCACCCUCAAGGGGCUGAAACACCCUCAUCGCUACGUCCUCGAUGCUGCUCAAACCCAUAUUUACAUGCUCAUGAAAAAGGACUCUUACGCUCGCUACCUGAAAUCUCCGAUAUACAGGGAAAUGCUGGCCAGAGCCGUGGAGCCCCAGGAGGGCACCAGGAGAAGCUCCAGCCUCCCGUUCGGACGCCGCCAGCUCCGGUCCAGUCCCAGCCCGGUCAUCUUGCGGCAGCUGGAGGAAGAGUCCAAGGCGAGGGAGGCGGCCAGCACGGUGGACAUCACCCAGCUCUGUCAGUUCACGCUUCCCAUCCCACACCUGGCGACGGUCUACUCGGGAACUCGUGGUCCUUCGUCUCCCAAGAGCCCCUCCGUCUCCUGCCAGGCCAGCGGGCAUGUGGCCCCGCUGGGCAGCUCUGCCUGCCCCUCGCCUAUCAGCGUGGCCCUGGACAGCACCCCUGCUCAGCAGAGGAAGUGGGGAGGAAGCGAUUCUGGUUCUGAUCUAGUCGCCUCAUCCAGCGAGGGCCCCGAGGUCUCCACCGACACCCCAUCUGGCUCCCGCACAUCCUCGACCCAGGCCCCAGGACUGCCUCCGCUUCUCAAGGCCCGGAUGGCCCUAUCCUUCGGCAGGAUCCUGAAGCGGGGCUGUCUCAAUGCACCUGUCUUUGCCCCCCUCUCACCCAAGUGCCCGGCGACGUCCCCCGGGAAGGUCCAGCCUCUCGGGGGCAGAGAUCAGCGGCUGCAGCAGAAAUCACCCAAGGGGAUGAAUUUCUUCCAGAUCAAAGUGGACGUGCCCCUGAGGAGCAGAAUCUACCCAAUAGACUCCGAGGAGGAAGAGGAGGCAGCGACCAAAGAAGCAGGCCGGGCAUCAGAGAAGGAAGUCAUCUGUCCGUGGGAGAACCCAAUACAGGGCAAAGUUGGGGAAAGUGGGAGAAGCAGCAUGGUCUAG